CCGGCGGCAUCGCCCGGCCCGGCGGCUGCGGCGGGCGCGCCUGCGCUCCGGCGCCCGGGGAGGCGGAGGCGGCCGAGGGGGACCCGGCGUUGGGUGACAGGCGGGGCGGGGGCGCAGGGCCCGGGCCGGCCGCCCCCGGCGCCGCACGCUCGAUCGGCAGCAACCCCCCGGAGCUCCGUCACCGGCGUCGGCGGCGAGGAGAGAGGACGAUGCGGGCGGCGGAGCGGGCGGCGCUGCCCCGCGGCGGACGGGCUGUCCGCGGGGCCCCGGCGGGCGGCUGCUGAGCGCGGCGCCGCGGGCAUGCGGCGACGAGGAGCGGGAGCCGCCGGCAGCGCGGGCGCCCCGGCGGGCGGGCGGCCCCUCGAGCGAGACUGAGGGUGGAUGGAGCCACAAAGGAGUUUGGCUGACACGUGCGGCGGGGCGGCCGGCGGCCGCGGCUAGGGCCACCCCCCUCCCCUCCCUCCUCCCCUCAUCGCUAUGCUGCGCUCUCGCCGGGCCCCUCAGCGGACUCGACGCACGGCAGCGAUGGAGCCGGUCGGGCUCCUCUGAGGCCGCCGCCGGACCCACCAUGGCCUCGGCGGGGACCCCGGAGCAGCGGCUCCCCGGGGCGGAGCGGCCGGCGGCGGCGGCGGGGGGCCGGGCGGAGGCGCCGCGGUGCCGCAGUCUGCCCGCGCUCGGCUCCCCCCUGGCGGCCGGGGGGGGCGGCGGCGGCGGCCCGCCGAGCCCCGCCGCGGGACCGGCUCCCGAGGCCGAGCGGGGCCAGGGCGCCGCCGCCGUCGCCGAGGCUGGACGGCUCCCCGCCGCUGCCAGCGGCAGCGGGAGCUUCCCCCGGAAGACGGAGGGCAGCCAGCCGGCGGCGCCCGGCCGAGGGGUAUCCCUGGGCCCCCCGCUGCUGCUGCCGCCGCCGCCGCCGGCGCUGCUGCUGGCGGGCCCCCCGGGCAGAGCGUGCCUGCGGGCAGUGCUGGCGGACUCGCGCUUCUUCCUGGUGUGCAUGUGCUUCCUGACCUUCAUCCAGUCCCUCAUGGUCUCCGGCUACUUGAGCAGCGUCAUCACCACCAUCGAGCGGAGAUACAGCCUCAAGAGCUCGGAGUCGGGGCUGCUGGUCAGCUGCUUCGACAUCGGGAGCCUGGUGGUGGUGGUGUUCAUCAGCUACUUCGGGGGUCGCGGGCGGAGACCGCUCUGGCUGGCCGUAGGGGGGCUUUUCAUCGCCCUGGGCGCUGCGCUCUUCUCCUUACCUCACUUCAUCUCUCCGCCGUACCAGAUCCAGGAACUGAACUCCUCCGUCAGUAACGAGGGCUUGUGCGUGGCUGGCAAUGGCACUGCCAAAGAGCAGUGGGACUCGUCGGCCUGCGUCAAGGACACCGGUGGAAACGACCACUCUCUCUAUGUAGCUUUAUUCAUUUGUGCCCAAAUCCUCAUUGGUAUGGGCUCGACACCCAUCUAUACCUUGGGACCAACCUACUUAGAUGACAAUGUCAAGAAAGAAAACGCCUCGCUUUACCUAGCCAUCAUGUACGUAAUGGGAGCACUUGGACCUGCAGCUGGAUACUUACUAGGAGGACUCCUUAUUGGUUUCUAUGUUGAUCCUAGGACAGCUGUGUAUAUUGACCAGAGCGAUCCCCGAUUCAUUGGAAACUGGUGGAGUGGAUUUCUCCUUUGUGCCAUUGCUAUGCUCCUUGUGAUAUUUCCCAUGUUUACCUUUCCGAAAAAGCUCCCUCCUCGACAUAAAAAAAAGAAAAAGAAGAUGAAUUCUGAUGAUGUUUCAAGUGAUGAUGACGUGAUGAAAGAGAAAACAAGUAGCAAAACAGAAACAGACAGUUCAGUUUCUGCCUCUAUGGGAUUUGGAGAGAAUGUUAAAGAGCUUCCAAGAGCAGCUGUCAGGAUCUUAAGCAACAUGACAUUCCUUUUUGUGAGUUUGUCAUACACAGCUGAGAGUGCCAUUGUCACAGCUUUUAUUACCUUCAUUCCCAAGUUCAUCGAGUCACAGUUUGGCAUCCCAGCUUCCAAUGCCAGCAUCUACACUGGUGUGAUUAUUGUCCCAAGUGCUGGUGUUGGUAUUGUCCUAGGUGGCUACAUUAUAAAAAAGCUGAAACUUGGUGCAAGAGAGUCUGCAAAGUUGGCUAUGAUCUGCAGUGGUGUGUCUCUGCUGUGCUUUUCAACACUCUUCAUUGUUGGAUGUGAAAGCAUUAAUCUAGGGGGAAUAAACAUACCUUACACAACUGGUCCCACUCUUGCCAUGGCCCACAGGAAUCUGACUGGAAGCUGUAACGUUAACUGUGGAUGUAAGAUUCAUGAGUACGAGCCUGUCUGUGGAUCAGAUGGAAUAACUUAUUUUAAUCCUUGCCUAGCUGGCUGCAUCAGUGGUGGAAACCACAGCACAGGGGUCAGAAAUUACACAGAAUGUGCCUGUGUGCAGAGUCGCCAGGUGAUCACUCCGCCCACAGUGGGCCAGCGCAGUCAGCUGCGGCUGGUGAUUGUCAAAACCUACCUGAAUGAGAACGGCUACGCUGUGUCCGGGAAGUGCGACCGCACCUGCAACACCCUCAUCCCAUUCCUCAUCUUUCUCUUCAUUGUAACCCUUAUAACUGCAUGUGCCCAGCCAUCAGCAGUCAUAGUGACACUCAGGUCUGUGGAAGAUGGGGAGCGGCCCUUUGCACUAGGAAUGCAGUUUGUGUUAUUAAGAACUCUUGCUUACAUUCCCACUCCAAUUUAUUUUGGGGCUGUUAUUGACACCACGUGCAUGCUUUGGCAACAGGAUUGCGGCGUACAAGGAUCUUGUUGGGAAUACGAUGUCACCUCGUUUCGUUUUGUCUACUUCGGGUUGGCAGCUGCUCUCAAGUUCGUGGGAUUCUUUUUUAUUUUCCUGGCCUGGUAUUCCUUAAAGUGUAAAGAAGAACAACUGCUGAGACAGAGUUGGAGGGCUUCGCCGGUGAACACUGUGAGUGAGAUGGUUGGACAAGCUGGACCCCAGCAAAACUAUGCACGGACUAGAUCCUGCCCUACCUUCAGUUCCCAAGGAGACAUCAGUGUGGCACAAGGAAUGAACUGCUUAGCACAGACUUACCCCGGCCCUUUUUCAGAAGCAAUAAAUUCCUCAAAUGAAAAUGCAUUGGAAGAAGUCACUGUUGAGAUAUAGACCCCUGGCUUGGUAAUGUAAUAUUUAGUUUUGUUGGUUGACUUAGUUACGGCGCCUUGUAAAACACCUGUGCCUUCUAUUUUUAAUCUAAAUGUAACAUGUGAUAAAACCAACAAAGCUUGAUGCAAACAACCAUAAUAUGUUCCUGAGGGCUGGAUACCUCAAACCAACCCGAGUUCUUAUUUCUUCCCUCCCGACAAUGGAGUUUUAAAAAUUGUGUUUGUAAUUAUUUCAGAUGUGUCCAUUAAAUGUCCAUGCUCUGAUCUAAUAUCAUUGUAAAGCUGAGGUGUUAUGAACAGCAGAAGUCAGUGGAAGAGUGACAAAAACUCACAUUGUUGAUGUCUAGACUCACAAAAAUGCUUAAAUGUAUUGUCAACUUCAUACCUGCAAAUUGUAUUUUUGAGAGAUGAGUAAUUACUGUGAGUUCUGCUACAAAGCACAACUGAACUUAUUUAAACUAUGCAACUUAUUUGGAUAAUUGUAUGUGCAGCAAAUUAAGUUUAAAGCUUGCUUUUAAAGACAUUACUGCAACUGAAUUUGAAAGGGGCUAUUUUCAGGCGUAAUCAUUAAAUUAAAAAAUAACAUAAGGUUUAAAGUACUGUUAAUAACAUGUCAAGCCAUACAAGAGUUAUGCAUCAGGUAACAUUUGCAAAUGUUGAGUUGAACAUCUUGACCCUGUCAAAAUGUGCAUUAAUCAUUAAUUUUCACCUGAUGGGAUGUAGUCAUUCUUCACAAAGUAUAUAGGAUACUGUAAUGCUUGAAGUAAAAAACUUCAGUAUUGGUUUAUAGUAACAUUAAGAUGUAGGGAUCAUACACACAUACCAGAGCAGAUAUGUGCAUAUUUCCGCAAUGUUAUUUGGGUGGCUGUUACUGGCACCAAAUCCAUAUUUUCCUGAAGAAGAAAACAGCUGGUUAUAGCUUGAUAGGAAGUUUGGCUGUCCUUCAGAACUGCAUGCCAGUGUAGCUCAGCUUCAGUGGGAACGUCCCGAGGGAGAGCUAAUGGCCUCAUCUGCUUCUGGGAGCUGGCUGGUCCCUCGCAGCCAGCGGCAGCAGAGUUCAGGCUGCGGGAGUGAGCAGAGGAGCCCCUCCAGAGGGGCUCCGUGGUGCCAGCUUAGGAGGUUCUCCCUGCACUCCUGGCACUGCCGAGGCACUGAGCACCCUGACACCCAGGGCAGCUGGGAAGGGAGGCUGGCUCUGACCCUCUGGUUUCUGCCACACUUCUGCCUCUCACUUCUGCCAGGUGCUGGGCAGGCUGGUGGGACAGGACCUGGUUGUGUGGUGUGUCCCACACGUCUGCCUUUCCUUUUCUCAGCUUCACGGAAAGCUCCUGUGAAGGCAAAGGGUGAGUUUGUCUCUCCUUUGGCCCUCUAGGUGAGGAGCUAAGAAUAGAAAUUAUCGGCCAGUGUGGACUUGCAGGACAUGAUAUGGCCUUUGUUUAUUCCAAAUUACUGUAGUGUGUUCUCUCCCCGGGAGAUGCUGAAACUUUCUAAUCAAAUGUGCUUGGCAUUUCAUUUCUUGCUCUGGAGGCUUUUAGGUGCCGUGCUCAUGAGGUACUAAUGAUGUCUCAAAGGGCAGAAAAUUAUGUCAGUUGGACACUGGGAAGUCAAGGCUGUAUUGUGCCCUGCAGGGGAAGUCUUAGAAGUGUAGGAAAUGAAAAAGCAGUCUUUUAAGAGGACUCAGUGAUAGUCUGGUUUGGAUUUUGCUGAGUAGAGAACUUGUGUGAAAGUAAAUAGGAAAGAUAUUUUUGAACAGUUAUUCCUGAUUUAAUUUUUCAGUUUAGAACAUGCAUAUUGAUCAGACAUUAUAUGGAACCAAGUCCAUGAAAAUAAAGGCAGUACUCUCCUUGACAUCCAUUGAGUUGUCCUGGGAAGAGUAGAUUUCCCUCUCUGCCUUUGCUAACUGCCUUUUGUCAUCAUCUGGAUCUUCUUGACCAGCACAUGGGACUACCCAUGGGGCUGCUUUUUUCAGAAUGUGUCAGUCCAUUUAUGUAGUUUGUAACAUUUCUUACUCUUCUUGUCUGAAAACUCCAAUUCUUCUACCCCAAACAUAGAGGAAUAUUGUUUUGACCUCUUCCUACUAUUCUGUUCAUAUUAACAGGCUUUUUUGAGUUAAGCCUAAGAAUGUCUUUUCCUUUUAUGCAGCCACUGGAUACAAUGUGUCCUCAGUUAGUACACACUUCCUGAGAUAAUUGGCUUCUACAUUUCUUAUCCUGAGAAAUAAAUUUCCUUGGCUCAAAGGUAUUUGUGAUAUAUAUGUGUAUACACACACACACACACACACAUAUAUAUAUAUAUAUAUAUAUAUAUUUGCUAUAGGAGACCAGAGUAGAUGAUAAAAAUGUUUCCUUUUUCUUCAGUCUCAAAUGUUUGUUGCACCAAGAAUUUUAUACAGUGGCGAAAAUUGGCAAAGUAGUAUGACAAAGUGUAAUUGCAGCCCAGCCCUCAUCCAUUUUUAUCACUUCCCCAUUUUAGUCAUCACAGGGAGAAGUGAAGAGUGACAAUCUUUUCAAAUACCUCAGCAACAGACCAUUUAGGGAGUUGUAAAAGACUGAAGAUUAAUAAUCUGUCCUGAUCUCUUAUAUUUCAUGCCUUGUGUUCCAAUUUUAUGCCAGUUCCAUAAAAAACCAAGGAAGUGCAGAUUAGGAUCAACAGGAACUAAUGGCACUGAUGCCAAAGAAUGAGAGUGAUAAAAGUGACACUUCUGCAGCUGCUUCUGUUUCUGAGCUUUCAAGGGAUUUCAGAGCUUGUUGCAAUGGAAACCAUCUAUUUUUUAGGAUAUCCUGACCCUUUGACUCCCAAGAACAUUCAUAUUUCCUAAAUGGUUGAAAAAGUGGAAUGUAGAAAGGUGUUAACUUCAGAAAUACUGAAAAAGCCUUCUUUACAUACUUUUAUUUUUAACUUUUAAUUGGAAAAUAAAUUUUAAUUUUUCUUUAAGUAUUACAUGCAAAACAAAAUGUAAUUCCUUACUUUUCAAACAAUUUUUUUUCUGGUUUUGGGUAUAGAUAAUUUUGGCAAUGCAAAUAAAUUUCUAUAAAGUCAAUUAAGUCAGUGUCCUCUGAAAGAAAGAAAACCCAAACUCUGGCCAGUUUUUGGUCGAUUCCUGAAGGAGGGUUUCUUGUGAAUAAUCUAUAUCAAUCUAAACUAAGGCAAUAAAGGUAUGUAAGGGAAACACAUUCACUUCCAGCAUUGUCACUGACUGCUGUAUGGACAGACCUGCUGGCAAACACUGUUCUGAGGCUGUCACUGCUGGAGGAAGCAGCAUCUCCAGACACUGAGUGCAGCCCUGGCAGUAGUUGUGGUUGACACAUGGUGCUGAACCGACUUCACAGGAACUAAAAAAGAACUUUUUCCUGUCAUCUGGUGAAGGGGCCCAUGCUGUCUUCCUACUGGGAGAUCCUCUCACCAUAGAACAUAAAAUUCCAUUAAGUUGGAAUUUUUGCCACCUUCCCUCUCUGUCCCUGAGCACAAAAGGUUUGCUGGCAGUGAAUACAAGAAGAGGUGAAGCAGGCGUCCUGCUCACCCACAGGCUGCUCUUGGUAGCAAACCCAAGUCACCUGCCUGCAGCUUACCAGCCAGUGAUCAUAUGGAGCAACAUCUGGUGAUGGUCAAAGUGCCACCAUGCCCUCAUAGGGACAGACCAAAUCCCGCUUCCACCACUUAGUCCUGAUUUAGAGUGAGGAACAUGAGAGGAGGAGCAGCCUAGAUAAAUGGGCUUGAGAGACCAGGUUAAUUGUUCCUGCUUAUCCUCCCAUUCACCCUUGGUUCCUCAAAAAGGAGAAAACUUCAAAAUGGAUGCAGCCAUGGCCUUAGGUGCUUAUGAAUGCAGCAGCCUCAGGAGAUAAUUUGUAGAUCUUUGCAGGGCUGGAGUAAUCUGGAGAGUGGGACUGUCCAUGUUCCCAGUUUUAGUGAAAAGCCCCCUGGUUUUGGUCCCCCUUCUUCCCCUGGAGCAUACUGGAUAAAAUACAGUAUAAUUUAGAACCAAUGACAUUUUAUAGCCUUUCAGUACAAGAACCUGCAAGAACCUUUGAAUAUUAUUGUGCAGUUUGUAUUUGUUUGGAAACUUUCAGUUCUUUAGCCAGCCUAUAUAUCUUUAAAAGUGCAUGUAAUAACAUGCAGAUCUUCAGAACUUACUGUUAUGUAAGUGGAGGCACACAUCUCCUACUAAGUAUUAGAAAUGUACAUUUGAAAGGUCCUAAAUUAAUUACAAAUGCUUGAAUAUAGAGUUUUCAAAUAUAUGGGGGGUUUUAAUAUUGCUUAUUAAUUUUGAGUAUUAGCUAUUCAUUCAUUAUCACUUUGAUCCAGCAGAACACUUAAAUAUGUGGGUAAAUUUAUAUAUUUAAUUAAUGCACUUGAAAAUAAUGCAUAUAUUUAAGUAUGGGACUGAAGCCUGUCUGCAUUCAAAAAGAAAUUAAUUUAUCCAAAGAGUAUUUCUAUGUUGAGCAUUUCCCCUGCGGAUUCAGUGAUAAUUGUAACCAGAAUAGCACAAAGUAGCACUUGAGCACUCUCCUGUGGCAUUCAGUGGCUACUUACAUGUCCAGCAAUGGAGGAAGGCUGUCAUUUUCAAAUAGAAUUCAAAUUCAAAGUAUUUUGUGGGAAUGGUCUAAGAUUCAUUCUCACUCUUCCUGCCAUUCACUUAUUUUAUGAAUUUCUAUCUGAAAACCUGUGUUUCACAUGGGGAGAUAGAUUAAAUAAAGGCAUCCUUCUGACCUUAGAGCCAAUGAAAUUGCUCAGGUAAUGCUGUAGACUCAGAUUGUGCCCUUUCACAGAAUCUGGACCUAGAGGUUCAGAUGACAAAUUGUCAGUAUCCUGCACAAACGGAGCAGAGCACUGCCUGCUCAGUGGAACUUCAGAGAGCAUGUCUGGGACAGGGGUCAGCACCUUCUGCACUGUCCUUGCAGGUUUUCCCCCCGAAAUGCCUGAAUAAUUGCUGCCUUACUACACUUCUCUGUGCAUGUGAUACCACAGCUCUUCAUGGUGUUAUAUUGACAUAAAACUGAUGAUAAAUAGAUCCAAAGUGUCUUACUGCUAUUUUGGAGCCAGAUUCUUGGCCUCACCAGUCCAAUAUUGAGGCUGAAGAACUGUGGUCAUACCUUGUGUUGGAAGUUAACAAGCUGGUGCUGUAGCAAAUGCGUGUGAAGUGGGGAAUAUCAAGCUUGUUUAGCUUUUAUACUCUCUUCACUGGUUAUUAUUACUAUUUUUGGAGAUUGAAGACAAAAAUCUUCCUAAACAAGUUUAUCUUUUUCUCAACAAUAUGUCUUUAACAGUGGCUUAGGAGAUGUUAUGCUGCAUGCUUCAGAAUCUGGGUUCCCCCAGCUGAAGCCAUCCAGCUGUGGUUGCUUUCCAGGGGCUUAAUCCAGCUGGUAACAGAGAUGUACCAGGACUGCAACCUGCAUCGUCCUUGCUUUGAACAGAGUGUUUGCUGCUUAUAGAUUAAACCUGUAAUCAACACAUUUCAGGUUCUUCACAUACUGGACUUGAUUCUUUGGACAUUUUCAUCACUUCAGAGUGCUUACAAAAUGGACAGUCAACAUCAUGGUGGUAGAUUUAUUCUUUUGUAGGGAAUUAGGGCUUUCUUCUUUUUGUUUUAACAUCUUGUUUGACAAAUAACAAUUCAAAAAGAUUGCAUAUAAACAUUGUCACAGAGUAGAGAUGUGGGACCUUCAGUGUGAGGACAGGAUAUGGCCGGGUUCAUGGGAUUUGUCUCCUUAGCAAUGAAUAUCACUAAUACAUGUUACUUUGUGGCCAAAGGUUUGAAAGCCUACCUGAUCCUCAGGAAGGAAAUUUUUCCUAUAUUUUCCUCUUAAUUUAUUGUGUAAAUUAAGGAGGAAAGUUAAGACAGCCCUUGUCCUGUGGCCAUAUUCAUUGCAUUAAACUGCAGUUAAUAACUGCAGUUAAUAAUUUUAGCAGUCACCCCUUCAAUCCUUCAGCUUGUUUGUUAAUACAGCCUGUUAAACACAAAUGUAGCUCUGCAAUUUCAAAGUAGCUCCGAAGUUUUCUUGACUCCAAGUGUUACAGAAUAGAUGCUUAUUUAUUCAGGUUCCAUUGUACUCUGCUAAUUAUUGCAUUAUCCAUGGUGUGUAUUGGGUUGUUUUAUUUUCUCAAUCUCAAAGUAGCUGUCACAAUGUUAUCCUGUAACAGUGUUUUGUUCAUUAUAUAGAACAGGUGAAAAGCUGUGGAAUUAAUGAAGGGCUACAAAAAGCAUCCAAAAUGUUGUUCACCUUGAGCAAGGGUGAGACAGCUUGAUAAUCUCUGGACAAAAGACUAAACAACACUGUGGUGCUAAUAGGUACUGAAGUAUUUUAUGAUGUAUUCACUAUGACUUAAAUGACAUAUUCAAGGCAUGUCAGUGAUGCAGCUGCGUGUGUUUCUGUUCCUAACGUCCGGACUGCUCUGACAAAGACAGUGUUUGUAAUUCCUGGUGGGCCAAUUCCUACCUAGUUCUUCUGUGGGUGAGUAAUUUCAGGAGUCUGUGUAGGAUUUGGCCCAGCACUAUUAGGUAAAGUAAAAGCUGCACAGACCACAGAAGUCUCAUGUAGAAUGUAUUCAGCCUGCUGUAGCAUGUUACUUUAUUUAGUUGCUUUGCUUAAGCAGGGGCUAAAAAUAAAUUCUGUAGUAAUGAUAAGAAACAUUGGCUAAAUUCUGGAACCACUUAACCAAGCAAUAUUAGCAAUUGUUUGAAUUAAAAUGAGGAUUGAAAUCUAAAAUAUGAAUGUUCUUUUGUGGAAUACCAGAAAGAGAGGGGUAGAAUAAGAGCAAAUCUAUCUCUAGGAAUGGAAAAAGGCCAAAUCUGGUUGACUUUAAAGUGAGCUAUGAUUGACAAAAUGGGCGUUUGCUUUUAAAAUCUUGAAGACAAAAUUUCCAUUUUGAAUUCUGAACCAUAUUUUUUCUUUGUCUUACUGUGCCUGAGCUGCUCAUGCAGGGCAGGUGUCUGUAUUCCAAAUAGCACUGAAAGCACUAAUAGCACUAAUCACACUUCUGACCGACAGGCCAGAAAAUUUGCCUCUGUAGCAAACUCCAUAUUUGAAAACCUGGAGGGAAAUUUCCAAACGAAACAAAAAAAAAAGUACAAAAUGAUCCAAAGCUGAGUUUCAGUAAAAAAAGAAAAUGUUGUGUCAGUGAGAUCCACAGUUGAGUGGAGGCUUUUCUGAAAGAAGACCUCCUCUUUUCACCAGCUGAGCACAUGGGAGUUUGGCCCCUGGCUGCAGUGCAUACCUCUACCAAAUGAUUUGUGCAGAACAGCAACAGUCUGGGUAGUAUUGUAGGAGCAUGGAGUGGGCACACUGCCUGUUUAGUUUUUAAAAAACUCAUUAUUAAGCAAAUGUGUAGAGUAUUAAGGAAAUUCGUAGAGUAUGUCUGAUGGUAUGAGUGUAUGGGUGCUGUGUUGUGGUAAAAAGAGAAUUGGUUUAUGCUGGGUAUUUUUGCAUACUUUAGGCUCCUGUAUGUUUUUGGUUUUUUUUUUUUAAAUUUAUAUUUAUUUCUCAUCAGAGCUUAGAGUAAUUUUAAAGUUAUAUAACCCAUGAUUUAACGAAACCUACUGUCAGCAUCUGUUGUAAACAUAUGUUUACAAAACAAACUCUUGAAUACUUGAUACUUGGAAAUAAAAAAUAGCAUAUCA